CGGCGAUUGGCUGGGUGGCGUUGUCCAAGUUGCGCAGAGUUUCUUCAUCACCCCUGCAGAUACCCUUGGCCUUUCCCAUCCUCUGUCACUGUCUAUUCAACAUCUACCAUGAAUCGACCUAGAGAAAGCCUUCUCACCAUGUUCGACCCUCUGUUUGGUUCUGUCUCUCAGCAGAAUGGUGGCGAUAGUUCUGUUGAAUUGGAUGAUUACGACUCGGAGAAGGAGAAUAACAUGCCAUUGGGAGAUGUAACGAUGAUAUCGUUUUUCAAUGGAGCCCUGAAACCCAAGGCCUGCCCACAGCCUGCCCCGCUCAAGCGUCGUCUUGUUGAUAUUGGAGAUGUCACAGUUGACAGCACAUUGCUUAUGAACGAGGUACUGGAAGAGAUUGGAGAGGACGAAGAGUCAGAAGAUGAGAAUAGUACGAUUAUCUUGGGACCAAUUGGCAAGACUCCAAUGGCUCCAAGUAGCGUAGAGAUCGUUGCGACUCCUCGUUUAAAUCCUCGCGCACCGUUCGCUGAACUUCGAAUGGAACGGGAGGUUACGCCCGUAGCUCACAAGCGUUUGCUGACUCGUCAGAAGCAGCACACCAACCCCACCACUGCCAAUGACUCUGCGGCCCAACCACAUUCUUCGCUUUCUUCUCUAAUCGAUGCAGUCACUUCGGCAGGCGUUUCUUUCGCGGGCUCGAAGCCGACUCUCUCGGAGGCCUGGCCCAACGUUGUCCCUGUUUCUCCAAAGGUGUCCGAAGUCACUAUCAUAUCUCCAUUUCAGACCUCUCCAACGAAUAUCCCUCUUCCAUCAUCACCAAUUGACGUGAGUGAGCUUGAUGCCCCUACCCCUCGUCCACGAAAACCGCCGCCGUCUGUGCGCGACCAUGAUCGCCGGUCUCUGGAUCUACAUGCCUCUUUCCAGCUUCAGUUCGGCUCGGCAGAAUCAAGUUUUGAUUUGCUGACCGACAAAAUAUCAUUCCUUUGUUCACGAUCCCAUGACUUUGACAUCACUUCGGGAGAUGAAGAUGAGAAUGUGAAUAUGAAAAAUGUGCUAGUAUCUGCAGGUGGAGAUGACAUCGUCAACGUCGCUGCCAACAUUCCUUUGCCGUCGCAGGACAGUCCUGAGAUCAGGCAUAUCUAUUCGGCGACGCAUGUCCAAUCCCCCAAUACCACUGAUUCUCCAUUGCCUGUCUUUACGCCGAAGUCGUACACUCCUACCCAAGCCAUGGUUCCCGAAGACUUGCCGCAGGACGACGAGGUCUUUCCUUCGACUAGAGAUCCCUUGGUGACCCCAGCUCCGUCCAAGAGCCUUCAUCCUGUCGUACCACCUCCCAUUCAGGCGCUACGCAUUGUCAAGCGGACAAAGAAUGCGGCAGCAGCAGCGCCUCCUCCGGAUCGCCGUUUGUCCAGGCGACCUCCAGCUCACAACGAGAAGAAAACGUCGCUUCCAAUUCAAUCAGACAUACCUAAUUCGGCCCAGAUAGGCGAAUCUGAACACCAUGCUCCUGUUGUUGCACCGCACAAGCCGGUAUCAAGCGGUUCAUCUUCUGGCCCCCGUCGUGUGCUGCUGGCUGAGAGUAAGGAAGUGCCGCGCAAGGCUGGAGGAGUUGGACACAUGCCAAAAAACAACAGACCCAAGAAAGUAUUGCUAUCUGACGCAGUUGCGCAGUGGGGUCAUAUGCAGCCUGCAAAAGCAGCUGAUCUCAAUGCUGUCCGGGACGCCCUCAAGGCAAUUGGUACCGGGAAGCCCAAGGCACCAGCGAGGGACGUGAAAUGUGUUGUUCGACCUUCAGUCAAUGCUCACGUUGGGCAGAAGGAGAGUCGGCCAGCAUCUACCAUCCCGCGUCCAGUAUCAAGUACCUCUAGAUUGCCUGCUCCCGUUUUCGGUACCAAUAGAGCAGGUGCUGCAGCUGGAAAGGUGGCUAAGCCAGGCGUUGGGCUUCUUCGCCGAGUUGGUACUGGACUCUAACUACAUCUCCCUGCCUCAUUCUUUGCCAGCAUAUCGCUUUCGUGUGUCAUCAUCUCUGCAAGUUCUCGAACUCCAGAUCAUCACAUAUCUACUCACAGUCCAAUACGUACUCCAUCACUUGUAAUCUAUAUACGCAACUGUGCAUACAGG